GGGUUAGCAGCAGCAGCAGUAGCAGUAGCUGCAACAGUACAGUACAGAGAGAGAGAAAGAGAAAGAGAUGGCAGUGAUGAUGAGGUUACAAAGACCUUUAAUUUUAUAACUGACAAGAAAAAAAAAAAAACACUGCUAAACCAUAGAGCAGUACCAAAAAACAGUAUCUUUUAUCAUAUAUUUGAUUUGCUCUCUGCAAACUCUAUUUUGAAUAAUUAAAUAACUAGAAUUGUUAGAUGAAAGGGAAUGAUGGGUUAGGGGUAUUUGUUUUGAUUUAAAGUUAUGGAAUUUGGGAAGUUGAAUGGCAGAGAGUUUGAGAUUUCAGUGUAAACAAUCAAAAACUGGAAAGAGAAAUUGCAAACAAGGGUUUGAGUCUGGAUCCUCAGAGGAAUCAGCAGCAACAUUAUCAUCUCAAUCAAAAUCAAAACCAAAAUCAAGAUUCAGUUGGCAAAGAAGAAGAAGAAAAUCAACAACAAUCAGAAAACGAACCUCAGCUUUAUCUUCAUCCUCACAACCAGCAACAACAGCCAUUUUUCAAUCAACAUCACUUGAUUUAUGGAAGGUUAGAUUCACAGCAAUUGCUUCCACCACAGCCAACACCGAAGAAACGUUCGUAUUUGCCUUCGACGUCUUCAUUGGGGCAAAACGUCGAACAUGCAGCAGCAUUGCGUGGGAAAAUGGCAGAAACGUCAAGAUUGGGUAUAAGGAAUACUGUAGGAGAGAUUGUAGAAGUACAAGGAGGUCACAUUGUGAGGUCUACGGGGCGGAAAGACCGCCACAGCAAGGUUUGCACAGCCAAAGGCCCCAGAGAUCGCCGUGUGCGUCUCUCUGCUCAUACUGCUAUUCAGUUUUACGAUGUGCAAGACCGCCUUGGUUAUGAUAGACCUAGUAAAGCUGUGGAUUGGCUUAUCAAAAAGGCAAAACCCGCCAUUGAUGAGCUAGCUGAGUUACCUGCCUGGAAACCUACAAUUGGUACUGCAUCUGCUGCUGCUGCUACUAACACCAAUCUUGAACAGGAACAGGCUCAAAAACAGCAAGAAGAUAACAACUUUGCAUUUCAACAAGGAAAUGUUAGUUUGUUUGAUAAUGUUGCUGGCCCUUCAAGUAAAAGAGCAAUCGAAAGUAAUACUGCUAGCUUUCUGCCUCCAUCUUUAGAAUCUGAUGCUAUUGCUGAUACUAUCAAAUCUUUUUUCCCAAUGGGUUCUUCAACCUCAGCUAACUCUUCAGCUAUGCAGUUCCAUAGCUUCCAAGAACCCCAUAUGUUAUCAAGAGCCAAUAGCCAGAACCAAGAUUUGAGUCUCUCUUUACAGUUUCAAGAUCCUAUUUUGCUUCACCAUCAAAACCAGCAAGCUCAACACCAUAACCAAACUAACCAUAGGGAACAAGAGCAAGUGCAGGGUCAAGCACCAGCCCACUUUGGAGGAAACACCCCACUUGGUUUUGACACCUCUGGCUGGUCUAUGCAUCAGAGACUUCGUUCUUGGAGUGACAGUAGAGAAAUUGGCCCUGGUGGUAGUGGUGGAGCAGUAACAGGACCUGGUGGGUACUUGUUCAAUUCGCCACCAGCACCGGCGCUGCUGCAGCAGCUAUUCGGUCAAAAUCAGUUUUUUUCUCAGAGGGGACCCCUUCAGUCCAGUAACACAUCUUCGGUUCGCGCAUGGAUGGAUCCGUCAGCGAUAGCAAUUGCCUCAGGUGAUCCAAGUAAUCACCAUCAAGCUGCAUUAUCAAUGUAUCCAUCAACAAUUCCUGGCUAUGGAUUUGCCUCUGAAGUAGGCGGAUUCUCUGGGUUUCGUAUUCCUGCUCGAAUCCAAGGUGAAGAAGAGGAGCACGAUGGCAUUUCCGAUAAGCCAUCCUCUGCUUCCUCUGAUUCUCGCCAUUGAAUUAGCUCCAAAAAGUUUGAUCUUUCUCAAUCCCUGACAGGGAAAUGCUCUACUUGAAUGCAAUUAGAACUUACAGAAGUAAUGCUGUCAAAAGAGCCUGGAGAUGGAGAAUGAGAGAGUUCAAAAUAGAGUCUGAUUCAAUGGCAUACACCGAGUCGAAAAGAAUCCUGAUCCUUGUUUCAGGUUCUUCGAUCCGGUCUAAUAUAAUUAGUUAUUCACCGUUCUUGAUUUUCCAGUUCUUGUGUAAUUGAGCUUUUCUAGCUCAACAAGCUACAUUAGGAGUGUUAUGUGUUUGGCCAGACUUGUCAUAUUGCUGCUGUUUGCUUUAUUUCAUGAUUUUGGAGACUUUCAACC